AUGGUGAGAAACAUUAGUAUCCUCAGCCUCGAUGGCGGGGGUGUCCGCGGAUUAUCCUCCCUUUACAUUCUGAAGCACAUUAUGGAAUCUAUCGAUCCUGAAAACACACCAAAGCCAUGCGAAUACUUUGAUUUGAUAGGAGGAUCAGGAUCAGGCGGAUUAAUAGCCAUUAUGCUUGGCCGCUUGGAGAUGGACAUUGAUCAGUGCAUCAACGCAUACAAAAGGCUGUCAAACCACGUAUUUGCUCGAAAGCGACUUCUGCCAGUAGGAGGCAACUUGCGCCGACAAUCGAAGUAUGACGGUCGCAGGAUUGAAACUGCCAUGAAGGCGAUUCUUCAUGAGCUUGGCUACGAAGAUGACAUACUUCUAAGAGAACCGGCAUCUUCCUGCAAAGUCUACGUUUGCGUGACCGAUGACGGUUCAAAACGUAACCUAGCACCCUUGACAAGCUACCCGAGCAAAUACUGCUCCAACGAGCUUUACAAGACCGCCAAAGUAUGGCAGGCUGGUAGAGCCUGCUUCUCCACAGAGCAGCUCUUCGAUCCCGUUCCUAUUGGACCAAGCGGACGGCGAUUUUACAAUAGCAGCACAGACGCUAACAAUCGCGUGCGAGAAGUCUGGAUAGAAGCGAGAGGGAUAUGGCCAUCCGGCUCAUUGGAUAACCAGAUACGCUGCAUGGUAUCAAUUGGCACGGGUGUGCCGUCGAUCAAACGAUCCGGCAAAGCGAUGUUCGGCUUACUGAAGACCUCGCGCACUGAUUCCAUUGAUACCGAGAUGGACAUGAACAAGUUCCUCCGAGAGCAUACCGAACUAGACGACGAGAAUCGUCUAUUCCGAUUUCGAUGUCCCCAAUGGCUUAGCGGAUAUUUCACUCGAUGGGAUUGA